AUGCUGGCGGACAGGUCGGCAGCCCCAGCCCGUGCGGUCGUGUUGGCGCGGCCCUGGAAGGACGCCAAGGCGAAGUACCCGAAGAAGGCUGGCGAGACGGUGAAGGCGUACGAUGCCCGCCUGCGGAGCCUGGCAGAGGCGGCAGGAGCCCUGGCGCGGGAUGAGGCGACGCCGCGGGGGGGACAGUUCUCUGUUGCCGAGCUUUGGUCGGAUUCCUCAGCGGGCGAGGACUCGUUCACCGCUUCGGACUUCCAUGACUGGCAGCGCGUGGUCACGGUCGGCUUUGGGUCGAACCUCACUGCCGUGGACUUGUCGGUCACCCUGCUGGGCCUUACCAUCACGGACCCUGGGGGUCUGGGCGCCUUCGCCAGGGAGUUCACGAUGCGUACGUCCACAAGGUCCGUCAUGAUGGAGUGCUGGCUUUACAUGGAGGUGCUUGGCCUGAACCGCAUGUACUGCGGGCGGGCGACCGCCACCUGGCAGCACGAGGGGUCCCUCACGCUGGCGCAGCGGCAGGCCAUGGCGCACCUCCUGUCGCGGGCUGAGGUCUUUGCGGAGGACCCCUUCGCGAGCGUGGAGGUGCCCGCGCUGUCGUCCGCCCUCCAGCACGCUGCCAUCGACUACAGCGGGGAGCCCGCGGUCAAGGCACUCCCGUGCGUGCUCGCGGAGCUGAAGCCGGGCUUGCCGCAGCCCGAGCACGCAGGCGCCUUGGGCGCGUGCGAGUUCGUGGAUGCGGACAUUGGCGCCUGGCUGAACGACCCCUCGGUGGCGCUGAAGCCGGAGGCCCUCGCGGUGCACUUGGUGAAGUUGGGCAUCUUUACGGUGCUUGAGCCGCAUGAGGUGUUUCAGGUGCGGGGCGCUCCGCUCCUCAACGGCCUCUUCGCAGUCGAGAAGAAGGGAGCGCCUGGGCCAGGGGCCGAGCGGGUCACCAGGCUCAUCCUGAACAUGGUCCCAGGCAACUCGCUCCUCAAGCCGUUCGUCGGUGAGGCGUCUACACUCGCGGCGUCGACGGGCUGGACGACCCUUCACCUGCCCGAGGGCUCCCUGCUGCUGUGGUCUGGCGAUGACCAGAAGGGGGCCUUCUUUGUGUGGCGGAUCCCGCGCUGCUGGCAUGCUCACAUGGCGGUGGGCAAGGCGCUGCGCGGCGACCUGUUUGGGCGCGCGGCGCCGCGGGUCUUCGUCGCCUCAGCGGUCAUCUCGAUGGGUUGGAUGCUCGCCGUGCCGCUGUUCCAGCACAUACAUCGGCGAUUGUGUCGGCUUCCUCCCCCGCUUGGAGCGGGCCUACCGCCAGAGGCAGAAUGGCGGAAGGACACGGUGCGGCCGCUCGCUUUUGCUAAGCAGGGUCCCGUCCUUGCAUCUUGGUGGCAGGUAUACAUCGACGACUUCGACGCCCCCGAGAUCAUCGAGGAGGCCGCGGCGCUAGAGCUUCUUGGUAGCCAAGCAGAGUUGCAGGCCGCGGCCCGUGCCAGCUACGAGCGUGCGCAGGUGGCGAUCUCCUCCGACAAGGCGCACCUCCGCCAGCUUCGCGUUGAGAGGAUGGGGGCUUCCGUUGACGGCGUCACGGGGCGGAUCGGCGCCCCCCUCAGCAAGGCGUUGUCCGCCUGCGGUCUCGCCAUCGCGACGCUCGGCCUGGACUUGGUCCCGUGGAGGCUGGCCAUGACUGUGCUCGGCCGCAUUGUCAGGGUCUUCGAGUUUCGGCGGCCCUUGCUCAGCAUCUUGAAUGCAGUGUGGAAGCUUUCGGAGCCGCGGGCGAAGGUCUACCUGACGCGGGAGAUGAGGGAGGAGCUGAUGACGGCGCUCCUCGUGGUCCCGCUCGCAGCUACUUCGUUGAGGAGCCGCCUCGAAGGGAUGGCGUCGUGUUCAGACGCGUCCGAGUUCGGGGGGGGAGUCUGCGUGUCGACGGGCCUCCACGAGCAGGCGGAGGCGACUAUCCUCGCCGCCGGCGAGCCUGGCGCUCAGCUGGGCGCUGGGGCGAGGGUCCUCGGCCUGCCAGUCGAUCCGCGGGCGCCCUGGACUCGCAGCAACCCGCGGAUCCCGCGGGCCAUCGUCGCCCGAAUCCUCAGAGUCCUCUGCGUCGGGCUGUUCGACGGCAUCGGCGGGUUGGCGGUCGCGCUCUCGCGCCUGCCCGUGCGCAUCGUCGGGUACGUGAGCGCCGAGACAGACGCCAAGGCCAGGAGGGUCGUACGGCUCAGGUGGCCAGGCGCCAUCGACUGGGGCGACGUCAGGACCGUGACCGCCCAGACGGUGGAGGACUUGAGGAUCGCCUACCAGUCCGAGAUCGACCUUGUGGUCGCGGGCGCAGGCAGCCCGUGCCAGGGGCUCACGGGGCUAAACGCUGCUGGGCGAGGCCUGGCCGACCCGAAGUCUUCGGUCUUCUUCGAGGUGCCGCGCAUCUUCGGGCUGCUGUCAGACGCUUUCGGGGCGAGUUUCAGGUGGUUCGUGGAGAACGUCGCGGGCAUGACGUCCAGCAGCCUGCGUGGCAUGAGCCAGGCGCUCGGCGUCAAGCCCGUGUUUCUGUGCACCUCGGCCCUGGUGCCCUGCAGGAGGCCGCGGCUGUAUUGGCUGAGCUGGAGCGUCCACCCGACCCCGCCGCUGGUCCUCCAGGAGCGCGAGGAUAUGUUUGUGGUCAGCUGCAAUGAGCCGCCCCUGUUGAAUUUCGAUUGGCGGGAUCCUGGCGCGCGCUGGCUGGGCGAGCCUGGGCCUUACCCCACCCUCGUGUGCAGCAGGCCUCAGCGGGGCUACCCUUCAGCGCCGCGCGGGGUGAAGAGUGCUUCGCCCGAGGCGCUCGCUCGCUGGCAGUCGGAUUCGUAUCGCUACCAUGUUGCGCUCUACGAAGAGAAAAACCUCUUGCAGGACAGCGACGGAUCCUUGCGAGUCCCUUCGAGCUCCGAGCGGGAGAGGAUGAUGGGAUUCGACGUGCGUUACACGGCUGUAGCCACGAAGGGCUCGAACCAGCAGGAUAGCGACGACGCCAGGUCCUUCCUACUGGGCAACAGCUUCAAUGUGUUCUCGGUCGCUUGGCUGCUGCAGUGGCUCUUGCUGAACCUGGGGGCUGUGACGCGCCCACUGUCCAUGCAGGAGCUUGGGCACGUCGGCGAAUGCACGCCGUCGUGGGACGAAGCGGGCCGCUUCGAGAGCGACGCGGGGGAGCCAGAGACCGAAGCCAGCCGUCUCUUGCUCCUCAGCUACCUGGCCAGGUCCGAGAAGGGCGGGAGCGAUGUGCGUCUCGACGUGAACCUGCCGUACCGACCGAAGGGGUGGCCCAGAUCGUCGCUGGACCCGUUCGUGUGGAAGUGGCGAGUCGUGCUGAGUAUAGCUUGGCCCAAGCGGCAGCAGGCGCACAUCAACGUCAGGGAGCUGCAGGCCGCGCUCGCGGCGCUUCGGUGGCGGGCUCGUGCCGCUCGCCGCCACUGCAGCCGCUGGCUCCACCUCGUGGACAGCCAGGUCGUCGCGGCCAUCAUCACGAAGGGCCGGAGCAGCAGCGCUCGCUUGCAGCCGAUGCUCCGGCGCUGGGCAGCGGUCGCGGUCGCGGCCGACAUGUACCCGCUGAUCGGGUACAUCGUGUCAGAGAACAAUCCGGCCGACGAGCCAUCGAGAAAGCUGUGGCGGUACGCCGUUGCGGUCCGCAGGCUCUUGCACUACUACGGCGCUGAGGAGAGUGGCGCGCCCGCGCUCGCACUGGCCAUGGACGAUGCAGACGGCUUGGUCGCUGGCUUCCUCGAGAAGCUCUGGGCCGAGGGCGCUGGCAUUGCGGCUGCGAGCAACACCAUCGCGGGUGUGGCCUUCUUCUGCCCGUCUUUGCGCAGGAAGCUCGACUUGUCCUGGUCACUGCUGCGGACGUGGCGCCGCCAAGAGCCAGCGGCGCGCGUGCUCCCGCUGACCGCGGAGCUGGCCGGCGGCAUGGCGGGCUACGCCAUCGCAGCAGGCGCCUUCGACUUCGCCUGCCUUCUUCUCGUCAGCUUUGAAGCGAUGCUGCGAGGAGGGGAAGCUUUCAGCCUCACUGCAGGCGACGUUCAUGAUCGUGGAUCGUGUAUGGUCAUCCGCAUUGGCAGCAGUAAGACCACGGCGGGCAAGGAUGCAGCUGAGGCCGUGGUGGUGCGAUCUAAGGCCUGCGUGCGGCUGCUGCGGCUGGUCGUGGCCAAUCUCGCGCCUGCAGACAGGCUUUCGCCCAGGUCGCCGAACCAGCUGAGGGCAGGAUUGCAGCGCUUGGCCGAAGCGCUCGGCUUUCGAG